GCUCGACGACGUCGUUUAGUUCGGUUCACCUUUGUCUCCCUCCUCACUUCAAGCUGGAUGGUACCUUCUGCAACUGGUCCAUGACCUGCGCCGGAGAAAAGGGCUCUGGAAUUUUGGUCGUCUGAUAGUUGGUGAUUUAUUCGACGUUGUGGUUGAAUCUUUGACAUGGAAAUAUUCAAGCAGGCCUUACUGAAACCUGGGCCACCGGAAAGUUUUGCUCUCCAGGUAGUGCAAGAGGCCAUAAAACCUCAGAAGCAAACAAAACUAGCUCAAGAUGAGAAUCAAUUGUUAGAAAAUAUUCUUCGGAAAUUACUUCAGGAACUUGUGUCAUGUGCCGUUCAAUCAGGGGAGAAAAUUAUGCAGUAUGGGCAAUCAAUUGAUGAUGAGGAAGCAAUCCAAAGUCAAAUUCCACGCCUUUUGGGUUUGUACAUGCUUUUAAUGUUUUUGUUAAUAAUGCAUAAAAAGAAAAAUGAUGUGCUAGAAGUAUUGUCAAAUCCCCAAACUUCGAAUGCAAGAUAUCUCAUCUUGGAUUCAGCAUCCUGA